GGAAGAACUUCAGCUGAUCUGGUAAAAAGCCCGACCCACAGCGCCGCUAAUCCAGAUUAGAGAGCGAGACGCUGAGUUGAGGACAGAAAGGGCAGGAGGACACUGGACAAUCAGGAUUCUGCUGCAGGAACUGUGAUGCCAUGAUGGACAGCAGAGGACGCAGAGGAACCGAUGGGUCAGUGAAACGCUCGUCCAUCAAGCGCAGCGUGUCUUCUGGAUCCCAGAGGGUUCACAGAGCGUGGAUCGAGAGAACCUUCCAGAAGAGAGAAUGCAUCCAGAUCAUUCCCAGCAAAGAUGCCAGCAGGUGCAGCUGUGGCCAGCUGGUGGCGCAGCACCCUCCCAUCCCUGCAGGGGCAGUGGAGGAGACGGGCCAGCUGGUUCAGUUGGAUGUCCAGCCUGCAGAGAGAUGGAGCAUCCUGAAACACACCCAGACCUUUUCCACUGACGCCUAUGGAGUCCUGGAGUUCCAGGGGGGAGGACACGUCAACAAGGCCAUGCUUCAUGCUGUCUCUGUCCUGCAGUACAUCAGGGUCUCCUAUGACUCCAAGCCAGACUCUCUGCUCCACCUGAUGGUGAAGGAGUGGCAGCUGGAGCUGCCUACGCUGCUCAUCUCCGUCCAUGGAGGGCUGCAGAACUUUGACCUGCCCCCCAAACUGAAGCAGGUCUUUGGGAGGGGGCUGAUCAAGGCCGCAGUCACCACUGGAGCCUGGAUCUUCACAGGAGGAGUCAGCACAGGGGUGAUUCGACAUGUUGGAGACGCUCUCAAAGACCAUUCAUCCAAGUCCAGAGGAAAGGUCUGUGCCAUCGGCAUCGCACCCUGGGGAAUUGUCGAAAACAAAGAGGACCUGAUUGGGAAAGAUGUGACUCGCCCGUACCAGACCAUGUCCAACCCGCUCAGUAAGCUGUCAGUCCUGAACAGCAGCCACUCUCACUUCAUCCUAUCCGACAAUGGCACCACCGGCAAAUAUGGAGCUGAGGUCCGCCUCCGCCGGCAGCUGGAGAAACAUGUCUCCCUGCAGAAGAUCAACACACGUUUGGGCCAGGGUGUCCCGGUGGUCUGCCUGAUCCUAGAGGGGGGUCCUAAUGUCAUCUCCAUUGUGCUGGAGAGUUUGAAGGAGGAACCACCUGUCCCGGUUGUGGUUUGUGACGGCAGCGGCCGGGCCUCCGACAUCCUCUCCUUUGCUCACAGAUACUGCGAAGAGGACGGGCUGGUGAACGAGAGUGUCAAAGAUCAGCUCCUGGUCACCAUCCAGAAAACUUUCAACUAUAGCCGCAGCCAGGCGCAGCAGAUCUUCCAGAUGGUGAUGGAGUGCAUGAAGAAGAAGGCUCUGAUCACCGUGUUCAGGAUGGGCUCAGAGGGCCAGCAGGACAUCGAGAUGUCCAUCCUCACAGCCCUGCUCAAAGGUACGAACGCUUCGGCGUCCGACCAGCUGAGUCUGGCCCUGGCCUGGAACCGCGUGGACAUCGCUCGGAGCCAGAUCUUCGUCUACGGCCUGCACUGGCCCCCUGCUGGCGCCGUGGCAGCUGACCGGCCCAAAAGCCCGGCGGCGCAGCGCCAACCGGCCGGAAAGGGAAAAGUCAGAGGAAAGAAAGGCAAAGGAGGGAAAGCCAAAGCGGAACCGCCGGAGGAAACCGACCCGCGGAAACUGGAGCUGCUCAGCUGGGUGAACUCCCUGGAACAGGCCAUGAUGGACGCUCUGGUUCUGGACCGGGUGGACUUUGUGAAGCUCCUGAUUGAAAACGGCGUCAACAUCCAUCACUUCCUGACGAUUCCGCGCUUAGAAGAACUUUACAACACGAAGCUGGGUCCUGUGAAUACGCUCCACUUUGUGGUACGAGACGUGAAGAAGGGGAAUCUUCCUCCAGAUUACCAGAUUACUCUGAUCGACAUUGGGCUGGUUCUGGAGUUCCUAAUGGGGGGGGCCUACCGCUGCAACUACACCAGGAAGAACUUCAGGACACUGUACAACAACCUGUACGGUCUGAAACGACCCAAAGCUCUGAAGCUGCUUGGGAUGGAGGACGAUGAGCCGCGGCCAAAGGGAAAAGGGAAGAAGAACAAGAAGAAGGAGGAGGAGGUGGACAUCGAUGUGGAUGACCCUGAGGUCAGCAGGUUCCAGUAUCCCUUCCAUGAGCUCAUGGUGUGGGCUGUGCUGAUGAAGCGCCAGAAGAUGGCGCUGUUCCUGUGGCAGCGGGGCGAAGAGGCCAUGGCCAAAGCUCUGGUGGCUUGUAAGCUCUACAAGGCCAUGGCCCAUGAAUCCUCCCAGAGCGAGCUGGUGGACGACAUCUACCAGGACCUGGAGAACAACUCCAAGGAGUUUGGUCAGCUGGCCUACGAACUGCUGGAUCAGUCGUACAAACACGACGAGCAGCUAGCCAUGAAGAUGUUGACCUAUGAGCUGAAGAACUGGAGUAACUCCACCUGCCUGAAGCUGGCUGUAGCUGCCAAACACAGAGACUUCAUCGCUCACACCUGCAGCCAGAUGCUGUUGACUGACAUGUGGAUGGGCUGUCUGAGGAUGGGCAAGAGCAACAGCCUGAAGGUGAUUUUAGGAAUUAUUUUUCCCCCCGCCAUCCUGUUCCUUGAAUUCAGACUUGGAGAUGAAACUUCUCACCAUUCAUGGAAAGAAAACACUACUGGGAAAACUAAAGAUGAGAAUAAAUCCAACAAGGAUGCAGCCUCCAAUGUCGACACAACGUCCAAGAAAGGAGAUGAAGAAGAGAACCAGAAGAAGAACCUAAGGAUUCCCAUUGGGAGGAAGAUCUACGAGUUUUACAACGCCCCUUUCACCAAGUUCUGGUUCAACACGAUCUCAUACCUGGUGUACCUCAUGCUCUAUAACUACAUCAUCCUGGUGAAGAUGGAACGCUGGCCCUCUCUGCAGGAGUGGAUAGUCAUCUCCUACAUUAUCACCCUGGGGCUGGAGAAAGUCAGACAGAUCCUCAUGUCAGAGCCAGGGAAGCUGAAACAGAAGGUCAGUGUGUGGUUGGAGGACUACUGGAACAUCACUGACCUGGUGGCCAUCUCUGUCUUCCUGCUUGGCCUCCUGCUGCGGCUCCAGGGCGAGCCCUCCAUGGGCUAUGGACGAGUCAUCUACUGUGUUGACAUCAUCUUCUGGUACAUCCGUGUCCUUGACAUCUUUGGAGUCAACAAGUACCUGGGCCCCUACGUCAUGAUGAUCGGCAAGAUGAUGAUUGACAUGCUGUACUUCGUAGUCAUCAUGCUGGUGGUGUUGAUGAGUUUUGGGGUGGCUCGGCAGGCCAUCCUCCAUCCGGAUGAGGAACCCACAUGGCGCCUGGCCAGGAACAUCUUCUACAUGCCGUACUGGAUGAUCUACGGAGAAGUGUUUGCAGACUCCAUAGACCGUAAGACUAGCGUCCAUAUUUAUGCCAUGGAAAUUAACCCUCCAUGUGGAGACAACAUGUAUGAUGAAGAUGGGAAGAAGCUUCCUCCAUGUAUUCCUGGAGCCUGGCUGACCCCGGCCAUCAUGGCGUGUUACCUGCUGGUGGCCAACAUCCUCCUGGUCAACCUGCUCAUCGCCGUCUUCAACAACACCUUCUUUGAGGUGAAGUCCAUCUCCAACCAGGUGUGGAAGUUCCAGCGGUACCAGCUGAUCAUGACCUUCCACGACCGCCCCAUCCUGCCGCCGCCCCUCAUCGUCUUCCCCCACAUCUACAUCGCCCUGAAGAGGCUGUGCUGCACCUGCAGGCGAAAGCCGGAGGGGGAGCGGGACGACCGCGCGCGCCGGCUCCAGCUGGUUCUGAACGCAGAAGAGAUAAAGAGUCUGUACGAGUUCGAGGAGCAAUGUGUGGAGGAAUACUUUAGAGAGAAAGAAGACGAGAAGCAGUCCUCCAACAACGAGCGAAUCAGAGUCACAACUGAGAGGGUGGAGAACAUGGCAAUGCGGCUGGAGGAGGUGAACGAGCGGCAGCGCUCCAUGAAGGCGUCGCUGCAGACGGUGGACCUGCGCCUGGCCCAGUUGGAGGAUUUCUCCGGCCGGAUGAUGAACGCUCUGGAGAAGCUGGCCGGAGUGGACCGGGCCGAGCUGGUCCGGUCUCGCUCCGGGGGCUUGUCGGUGUUCGAGCCGCCCGGCCCAAUGCGGCGCAGCAGCGUCGGCAGUGUCGACGGCUGCAGCCUGUACCGGUACCAGCUGGACCACGACGACCAGACGGAUGCCGAGGAGAGGAGAGUCCGUCUGAGUCCAGAGAGAGAAACGGCGAAUUCCACGGGAGCAAAAACAGCAGGCGAUCUCGUCUCCAGUCUGAGGGACAGGACACAGUCUCUGUCCAAUGUGGGCAUCUUGAUCUCGCCGUGUGGCCCCGCCUCUCCUCUUCGUCACGGCAACCCGGCGGACGCCGACGGUCUGGCCCAGAGGAGCCGGCUGCAGGCCGUGUCCUCUGGGCCCCUGGACAAGGCGAUGCAGUAUUUAUUGUCUCCAGAUGCCCAACAGGGGGCGCUCCACAGCCCACCCCCCCCCACGAUGAAGGGCGAUGAUGAAGAGGAGGGAGCCAGUCCUCCGGCUCCUGAACCAGAUGCUGAUGAAGAGGAGCUGCUGGUGGAUGAAGAUAGGAAGUACCCGAGCCUUCGAUCCAAAAGUUUCAGCAGUAACCAGGUGACGAAGAGGACGAAGAGGUGUGAGGAAGAGGAGAAGCCCCGCCCCUCCAGCAGCGUCACAGACCUGGUGUCAGUGUUCAGACGGAAUCAGAACCAGAACUAGAACCAGAACCAGAACCAGAGGGUCUUUGGCCUCUUGGGUUCUGGAGGUUUUUCAAAUUCUGCUUUUUUUCCCAGAG